UUAAAAAUAAACCGACCCAAAGGAAAGGAAUUAGGAAACCAAAGAUAUUAUCUUGGGCGGUGGCAACCCGAACCAUCCCCAACUUGAAAACAGUUUUUCGCAAUCUCUUGGCGUUGGAUUUCCAGAUCAAAUGGCAACCGUCCGAUCAAACUCAACCCUUGUCUUCUUCUUCUUAAUUCUCCUCAUCACACCAUCCCAAUCACUCUCGUUCUCUUCCUAUUUCCGAUUCCGAGAAUUCUUCUCCCUCGCACACUCCAUUUUCAUCGGCGUCGCAAACCUCCGUGCCGCCAGAGGCGAUGUCGCCGGCGCCAACAGAGCCAGGACAAUCGCAAACAGUUUGGAGAAGGUCACUGGAUUUGGAUUCAUGAAGCUUGUCUGGUCCGCUUGGUCUUGGAACUGGACGUUGAAGGAACUCCCGUUCAAAGAGCUAUAUGGUGCAGUUUCUGACAUCAACGAGUUUCUUAGGAGUUUGAAUGAGUUGACUCGUUUGGAAUCGGCUGCAGAAAGGGCUGUUUGGCUCUCGAGAAAUUACCAGAAUCUCCUCACCGUUACGAAAUCGCUGUCUCGCAAACUCCUCAAAGCCUUUGGUCAAUCGGAAAUGGUGAGGGAAAUAGUGAAGACGCUGCGAAUUGAGGUCGUGGAAGGUGGGUUAAUCAAAGAUUGUCUUUUACUUGGUGGCAAUGAUUUGAAGGAUUUGAUCAAAGUUGCCAAGGAUUUGGUAUUACAAUUUUUUCCUGUGACUGAUAAAAACUCUGAGCUAUAAUUAGUUAGUUGCUUUUUGGUAGGUUUGGAGCUAUAAUAUAAUGGUGGUAUCAUUAUUCUCCUAACCACCUACUAAAUUGUCAUGAUAUGAGAAAAAUUGUAAAUGCAAGGCUUAUUAUGAAGUUUGUUUAAGAGAAUAAGUUUUGUGUAAGAGAAAAUGUGUUUGGAGAUAA